GUCGAUUUUAAGAAAGUCAAAAUAUAGUAAUAGAUUUGUUAUGAUGGUCAUUAAACCUUUGUAUUUCUUGGGUUUUUGUUUGUAUUGAUUAAUAAUAUAACUUACAUAAAUACCCAUAUAGGUACUUAGUAUAUUUAUUGGUAAAAUUGGAUCGCCACUGCCUACUGGCAAUCCUGAAUACAGGAGUAGUAACAUAAAACUCUGUGUGUGUAUGUAAAUAAUUAAAUAAUUCUUUGAUUUCAUUUACAUACAAAUAGAGAUAACCACGAUGAACACAUGGGCACAAGAAAAUUACCAGAUGGGGAUGUCUCCAAUAAUGCCACCAUCUAUAUUACCACCACCUAUGAUGAUGCAGGAAAUGAACGUCCCUCCUCUGAACCCACCGCCUAUUCCUCUACUUACAUCUAUUACGACCGAAGACAUGAAUAUCGUGACUGACGAUAUGAGUGAUACAAAUAUAACAUGCCAUGACGUCUCUAGUAAUGAAACACGAAACCAUCGUUCUAGGAGCCGUGAUCGUUCCUUACGACGUGACAAAGAUCAUCAAGAUCGAAGACAUCGAUCCAGAUCGAGGGAUUGCCAUGAUAGAUAUAAUAGGAGCGACAAGAGGAAUGUAGAAAGAAAUGAUAGAACCAGGAAUGUUGAAAGGGAACGGAAGACAAAAUGGGAUAAUAAUAGGGUACCAAAGAAUAAUGUGCAGCAGAUUCAUGCUGGAAUUAACAUGGGUAUGAAUAUGGGCAUGAUUCCAGGUAUGAACAUGAUAUCUUUCCAAAAUAUGCUCCCGAACAUGAUAGGUCAGCAACCACUGGAUGGCACGCUGAUGCCACAGCAUAUAAUGCCAAAUAUCAUGAUGGCCAACAUGAUGCCAAACAUGUUAGACCAAAAUAUAAUGAUGAUGAACCAACAAAACAUGAUGCCGCUGCCCAACCAACAGAUAUAUCUUAAUAAUGGAGUAAUGCUACCUCCGAUCCCCGGAACUGCUACCCCGGAACGACGGGAAAGGCCCAAAGGUUGUCGCACAAUAUUUGUUGGGGGCUUACCACUAAAUUUAACAAAUGAUACAUUGAUGGAAAUGUUCCAAAAAUUUGGUAAUAUAGAGGAUAUUAAAUCGCCUAAAAGUGGUGUUUAUUACAUCCGUUUUGAAAGACCUGAGAGUGUGGCGCCAUCUUUCUUCUUAACGGGAUAUAGAUUUAAAUUUCAUGAUCAAAUUGAAAAUGAAGCUACAACGAUCUUUGUUGAUUAUGCCUUGAAUCGCGAUGAUCAGAACGAAUAUGAGCGUAGACAACGCCACAGAGAGAAGACCCCGCCGCGAGUGGAGCCCUUCUCACAGACAGCGCUCACAAAUCUAUCUGAAAAGAUCAAAAGUGAAACUGAAUUUGCCACCGCUGCUCCUACUCUAGCUGUGUGGCUCGAGCGCGGGGAGUGCAGUAAGAGGCACGCGAAUGCCUUCUACUCACUAAUACAGGCGAGCAACAAUCAAAUAAGGAGACUUUUCACAGAGAAGAUGCAACUAGACGAUGACUUCCAAAAUAUGAAGAAUGCUAUCAAGGAGAAAUUCGCUCACGUUGUCAUGCAGUUCGAUCAGGUAGCGAAGAUACUCUCAGCGGCGAAGCAUCAACGGGUUUCGGACCACUUCACCAAACAACAACGCAGGAACAUAGAGAUGUGGCUCAAAAUGACAGAGGAGGUAGAAAACAUUAAGGAGGAGUUCAAUUCGCUCUUCGAUGAAGACGAGUCGGAGAAACCAGCUGGGAAGAAUUCCGUUACAUUGGAAAAAUAUGAACAACUGAAGCAAGAAAAUGAAAAUUUAACUUACGAGUUGGAAGGCUAUAAGAAUGAAGCGUACCUAGCGAAAGAUGAAGCUGAGAGAAAAUUUGAAAAGUUCAAAGCCCAUUUCAUCGCCCAGCAGGCUCUACAGAACAAACAGGCAUACCCAUAUCCAAACCAGUUCAAGACGGAUCUACCCUCAAAACCAACAGUCCCACCAUCGUCGGAAGGUGAAAAGGUCACCAGUUCUGACUCCUCGAUAAUGUCUUCCGAAGCCAAACUCAUCAGCAUUCUGACAGCAUUCCUCUUAGUACAUCCUCUAGGGGCUUCUGUUGACUAUCUAGUGUCAUACGUAAAAUCAAUGACCCCAAACAUCACACAGACACAGAUAACGUCAAUUUUACAGAAGUUCCCCGACAUUUUCCGCUGUGAGACUUCCGGUGUCGGCGCCUGCAUCGAACAUAGAUGGAUUUUUGUGACUUUCGAUAAAAUAAAGAAGGAGAAGUGAUGUUAUUUUUUUUUGUCGAAAAUAGUUUUUAUUUUUUAACAUUAAUUAUCACUAAGAUAAGCUUAAAUAGUAAAUAUGUUAAUCUUGGAUGAAUUGUAAUGCCCUUGUUAUUAAACUGUGAGACUGUUUUUUGUUUGACGUAAUAAAAAAAAACAAUUGCAGUACAUACCAGUGCCUAAAUCUCCUGAAUCGUUGGUCAAUAACUUCUGAGUCCUCAUUCGACCGACCAUUUCUCGAUAAACUUGCGGUUUAUAUAAAUAACUAGAAGCGUUGUUAUUCAUAUAAAGUAUUGGUUCAUACAAAACUACAUGUCAAAAAAUAAAAUUGUGACAUAUUUAAUUAUUAAAAUAAACUUUAUUUUGUGUUAAAAAUAUAUAUAUCGGAUUUAAUACAAAUUCGUUGUUUAAAGAGAGAGAGAGAGAGAGACGCCAGCCUCGCUGACGUCACUAAUGUCACUUUUUCCAGUACGUUCCGUGAUAUUUAAAAAUGAAACCUCAAUUCUUCUUAAUGUCCUUGUAUUUCUCGAAGAUUCUUCAUAGUCACAUUUUUUAAUGGCCUACACUCACUGAACUCUGCUGUCGUGCGUCGUAUUUAUACCAGAAUUCAAACAUAGUUCUAUUCUCCUUUUAAACAUUCUUUGAUCACUUUUUACUUUUAACAAUAAUUACGAAUAAGUUUUUAUAAUAAUCGAUGACAGCCUCAAGAUAUUUUCAAGUUGCAUCUGUCAUUAAUGCUGAUAGCGCCGAUAUAUAUAUAUAUAUAUAUAUAUAUGUGUAUGGCAUUGAUUUGAUCACCCUAAAUGCUAUUAUUUUUUAUAUUAUAAAGUAGUUUGUAGGUGGACGACCCCAUUCAAUAGUCUCAUUCCUACAUUGUGCUAAUUAGUUCAAGACUGACCUAAUACACAUGUACCUAGACGUAAUUGUUGGUGUAAGUCUCUGUGAAUGCCUCUGAGUAAAGUAUUACAUGACAUAUUAUAUGUAUGAUUUAUAUUUGAUAUAACAUCAGCGAAUUGGUUGUAGAAUAUAGUCUUUAGUAUAUCUGUCAUUUUACUUAAUAACCAUAUAAUUAUUAAUAUCUUGUAAAAAGGUUCAAUCAUAAAAUUUUCUUAAACACCGUUAUAAAACACAUACCUUGGCUAGUUUGUUGCAAGUUAAAACUUAUAUUUCAUAAUACUUACAAUUUUGAUACAGUGUAGUGCAAAGGCAAUGGGUACUUAUUUAAAAAGUAUUAUAUUAUAGCUAUUAGUUUCAAGAACCAGUGCUGACUGUAUACUGUACCUGUACCUGUAUUUUGAAUGAAAUAUUUAGAAUACUUGUUAUGUAAUAAAUGAAUAUUUAGAAUACAUAAAAGCUAAUAAAUGAAUGAUCAAACAUUUUUUUAUUUCUGUUAGUUUUAAUAGUAAUAAUUAUAAUUUUUGUUGUACUUAAAUGUAAGAAGCUAUUAAAAAGUAUUUAUCACUAUAUUUCGGUACUUUGUUUCAAUAAUAUUUAAUGACUGCACAGUCACAUGAGUAAACAUGGGAGGGGAGUAAAACAUAAAGGAUAAAACUGUGACUUUACCUUUAAAUUUAUUUUCUUAGAAAUAAAUAAAAAUAUAACAUCAAUGUAAACAUGUUUGUUUAUAAUGUGAAAAUAUCUAUUGUCUUUAAAAAUUCCCGCUCUGAGGUUCCAGUUAAUAUCUAACAGCAGACACUUGGAAUGGCCACACUGAGUCGAUAGUUUUAUUGUGGGAAUAUUUAGGCUUUAAUUUAUGUAAAUCAUACUUACCUAAACCUUUUUUUAAUUUUGUGACAGAGUUAAAUAAACAUUAUUGUGUUACUGG